GACAGCGAAAUGCACAAAAUAUUCCCAGGGGGGAUGUUCUGUGGCGAAAUGGAUAAAGAUGGUCAAAAAAGAUAUGUGCCCUUUAAAUAAGUGGCUCAUUUUUGUCUAAUUUUAUUUAUUUUGUCUGGUCUCCACCUUUUACUACUCUUUGACAGUGCUCUCAGAGAUAAGAUCUGGACCUGUGUUGAACAACUGUAGGUAGAGGUUAGCAGCCUUUCUAACCAAGGAAAAUGGACCCCGGAGCAGUAAGAAACUUUAAAGACUUUUUGCAACUCUACAAUGAAAUGACUGAAAUGUGCUUCCAAAGGUGUGUUGUGAAUAUACAUGUAAGAAAACUGGAUGCUGAAGAAACAACCUGUGUGGACGGCUGUGUCCAAAAAUUCAUCACAUACAACAAUAAGCUGAUGCAAAACUUUGUUAGGGCUCAAAGUGUGCUACUGAACAAGAGAAUAGCAGAGGCUGAACAACAGCAAAUAUCAACCGAAUUACAAUCAAAAGAACUAGACACAUUAUAACCCAAAGGUAUACUAAUAAGUUGUUCUAUGGUAUACUAACAGCUCAAUGAUUGUCGCACUAGAGCGAAGCUGUACUAGGUUUUAGCACUAUUUAUUAGACACAUACAAAAAAGAAA